CUGCAAGUGGCCAUGUCGAAAGAUGCUUUAUCAACAGAUUUAUCGUCGCUUGUGAUUGUACGAGAUUUUGCAUUCGCGGCAACAGAUGCCAGAUUCAAUGGAAAAUCAUCAGCUGCUUCAACAGAUACCAAAUCAAAAAAGAACGAUGCUUUACGACAGUCCAACACUGCCGAUAACGAGUCCAUGUCUCAUGGUCAGGAUGCCAUGCCAUCGUCUGACGGUGUGUUGCAAGGCGAUUCCGACACCCAUCACAUGGAUGACUCGGAUGGUGAGGUAGACGUGGCCGGCCAAGGAUGGGAGUGGAAAUGGAGUUUUCGCACCUCAACCGCCAGUCAUAGAAACAGCAAUACAUUUGGCUCUACCGGAUCGCAACGCAACUCUGCCUUGGAGAAAAAAGGGGUUGAUGCUUCUAUACCCACACCUGUUUUGCUCUCGCUUAAAUUGUCUGAUUUAGAUUCGAUCCUGUUGCCAACUCUUGUACAUACACUUGAAAAAGAACUGGGAUAUAUUCCAGAUGUUACACCUACUGCAUCAACUACACAAUCAUCAGUACACGCUCAAGUGGUCGACACACCCGUAUACAGAUUAAAGGUUCAUCGCAUGCAUGCCGUGUUUCCAUUUGUCAAGGCUACUGAAUAUGAAAUGUCAAUGGAGAGUGGGGACGAGCUCAUUAUUAUUUCAAAGCACGCUGGGGAUGUCAAACCGCAUACAGAUGACGAGUACUUCACGGAGUCGCUUGAUGCGGUCAUUGUAAAGGAUACUGAUACUGCUAUUGGAAAAGAUACAGAUGCGAUGGAAACCAAAGACUCCAACAAAAAAGUCAUAUCUGGUCGAUGGACUUCAAUUGAUGAGUUGGAGGAUGUCGACACACUUUUAGGUGCUAGAUCUAGUAGUACAUCCACCACCCCAUCAAAAUAUCUUACUCGUGAAAACAUGACCAUCACUUACUCUCCAGCGGUAGAUGAGCUUUCACUCAAAGUACAGGAAUUUUUGGAUUAUAAUCGUAGCUAUGGAGCUGGGUGGUUGACAGGGCUAAAGCUGCGUGUAUAUGGCAAAUGGGAAGACCCUACCCCUGCUAUCGAGUCACGAAAAGCUAUCAUCACCAUCCAACUAUGUGGAAUUGGACUUGUUCCUGGAAACUACUGCGAAGCUUCAUAAUAUUGAUAUCCAGCCCUUCAGAUUUCAUAUCCUUUAACCUCAAUAAAUUUUCAAUAUCGAC